AUGGACGAACUGGAGGUGGCCAUUCUGUGCCUGUACGGAAAUGAGUGCACCAGGAUCAGCAAAGGCGACGCACAGAAGUACUGCGAAAACUUUCAGAACAAUGCAGACAGCUGGAAGUAUUGUAUUGCCAAAUUUGUAGACUCGAAACGGUUGGAGGUGAAGUUCUUCUGCAUCCACGUAAUUAUUGAAAAGUUGAAAAAUCUCAAAGGUGAAGACCUCUUGUAUGUGAAGGAUUCCCUGUACAAUUAUUUGGAGAGUAAAUACCCAACAGCCAAUGACGACCCCUGUGUGGUGAACAAAAUUAUCCAGCUGUAUAUCUCCUUAAUAGAAUUUCUUUACCCAAAUAAUAUGAACGAUGGGUUCAAGUUUCUCAUAAAUCUAAUCAUGGUAAAUAAUGACAUGAAUGCGAAAAAUAUGUAUAUCAAUUUUUUCCUCAAAUUAAUGAACAUGUUAGAUGUAGAAUACAUAGAUAAUGUGUAUUCUAACAAAGGGGUUCAGGUAGCCACCAGUUUGAAAGAAGCAAUUAAAAAUAACGACCUCCCAAUUAUAAUUGAGUGCUUAUAUUUUAUAAUGAGCAUAAACGUGGAAGACAUAAGUUCCCUUAGCAUCUUUACCCUCUCCAAGUAUGUCACCUGGAUUGACAUAAACUACGUCGUAAACGAUAAAAUUCUCGCCUACAUCUAUCAGAGCAUUAAUGGGCAAAAUAACUCCAUCACGGAGGCCAGCUUCUCCUUCUUAACUGCACUAGUACGUAAAGGAAUGAACCCAGUGAACAAAAUUCAAUUCAUUGAAAAUAUUAACCUAAUAUAUGUACUGCAAAAUAUUCCAAAAAUUCUAGAUAUAUCCUACGAGAUGAACAAAAAAAUUAUGUUAAAGAAAGGAGAACUCGUAAACUACAUCUGCCUAGAAUUGGUAGAAUCCAUCCACGAAAUAAACAAACUUAAGGAUUACCCCAUGAACAGUGCAAAAUACAACGAAAUAUGUGAUAAGGGUACCGAAAUGCUUUUCUUGAUCUUACCCCAUGCUUUGGAAAUAUACGCGAUAGAUGACUUUUUCGUGGCUAGCACGGUAGAGAAAUUUUUCAGUCUUCUCUUCACCAAAUUUAAGACGGUAAUGGGGUCUCCAUCCUGUGGGGAAGGGAUAACCCCCCAACAGGCAGCCCUUACAGCAUCACCAAAUGGGUAUAAAAUCCCACAGGAAAAAAUGAACCUCUUUAUUAAUACCCUGAUAUGUAGCACCGUGAACAAGUUUCAGUUUCCCCCUUACAUUGAAGAAUUCUACGAUGAAGAGGACGAAGAUUUUAUUACCUUCAACACCUUUCGGGAGAAUAUUGAAAAACUUUUCCAGAGAUUAAUCCUGUUUAACAAGCUGAAGGCCAUCGAAAUUAUUAAAAAUGCCAUUAUUUACAUGAACGAAAAUUUCGACAAUUUGAAGUGGAACACCAUAGAGUCUACCCUGUACGCCUUCUACAUUACGACGUCUAUUUAUAGUGAGUACAAGGGGAGCACCGGCCAGGCAAACGCGGGUGCAACCAGGGAAACCACCUCGACAACAGUACCCACUACCUGCUUAAGCAAAACCAACACAGGAAUAGCAAAUGCAAAUACCAGUGGAAACACCUCCAAAGAGGUACAAGACAUGCACAAUGGAGAAUACAACAACUUGCUCUUUGACUGCCUCGCGGAGUUACUAAAAAACAGAAAAAUCCUCAGCUGCAAUAAUAGCCUUAUAAACAUAAACCUCAUGGAAAUUUUCCAAAGAUUGAAUCUUUUUUUUAUCAAAAAUCCAGAAUACGUAGAAUACUCUCUUCAUGUUUUUAUUACAAAUGGGAUUAGAUGUAGCAAAAAUAAGGUGGUAAAAAAGUCCGUGCAUAUUUUUAAAAAAUUCCUGAAAGCAAAUUCUGUGGUUAUUUGCAAUUACAUGAAGGACAUUUUGCAGAUGCUGGAGAACUUCUUAGAAAUUCCAUGUGUGUACCAGCGGGUUGCUAGUAAAAGUGGAACAGGCAGCAACAGUGGUGGUAGUGCUACCUUGGCGGACAUGCUAUCCCUCGACCAGGACUACAUAAAAUCUAUGUACAAAUAUAUCUACGCGGAUGUGAAUUACACCCAUGAGGAUCAGAACGACAUUUAUGAAAUCGCAGGGUUGCUGUUACUGCACUAUGAUUAUAGCAGGGCGAAGAGGACCACCAAGGGAGAAUCCAACGAGCAAAUACACCUCUUGGAACAACAGGGAAUGCAAGGCAGAAGAAGCAACCAAACCAACAUCUGCUUCAACCGAAUGGGCAGUACCAACAGUGGAAGUGGAGACGCAAAGGAUUUAAACAGCACGACGUCCAUGCAGGGCAUCUGUACUGAUUUGAACACAAGAAAUGAAAAAAUCAAUGAAGAGUUGAUACCAAAUUAUAAAGAUAGGAUCUUUUUCUUCAAAGGAAUUUUAAAUAAGUUACUAGAAAAUCUAGCCAACAUAAAAAAUGUGUACAUAAAUUCGUCCAAAUCGCAGCAUGAAAUACUAUGUUUAAGCUUCACCUGCAGUGUCGUUAUAAGAUGUAUAGGUGCAUUAUGCAAAAAUGUAAAUAUUAACAUGACCGAUGAACUGAUAAACGACCUAGACAACACAUUAGGAAUUAUCAUCCACGAAGCGUUAGAAUUGUUCUACAAAAAUUACAUCGUUAGGGAUUCGGUCCUCUACACGUAUAGAAUAUUGUCCAACCUGUUUAAGGAACUUUCUCUCAAUUAUACUAUAAAAAUUUUACCCUACUUCUACAACAUUUCUUACAACAUGAUAAUGACAAAACUGCAGAAGGGCAGUGCCCCUGGGGGAAGUACUACUGGUGCGGUGGCAUCUCAGAACCCAUUACUUUCUUUCAACAUGAUGACCCCUUCAUCACAUCCAACUGUUGGAGCUGGUUCACCAGGUGAAGCCGCAGCUUGCUUUUCCAACUCCCAGGAAGAACUAAAAUAUCUCUUUAAUGAACUUAACGAAUUGGCUGUACUAGUGUGCCACCUAAUAUCCACGUAUAAGGAAAAAUCUUAUGACACGUUUAUUAAGCCAUACAUACAGAACAUUACACAGAUUCACCUGAACAUUUGGAAGUGCAUAAUAGUCCAGUCGUUGGAAAUGCAAAGAGAACAGAAUUCUGUCCUAUCACCUCUCCUCCUCAUAUUGUUCAACAUAUCGUUAAACAUCCCUUCAGCCAUUCACAAUUUUGUUUCCCUAGAUUUGAUUGCCUUAACACAUAAAGAAUUUUGCCAAGCUUUUUCAAAUGAAGAAAUGGUGAAGGCAAAAUGCCCAGAUGCUAUUACCAGCAUUUUACUGGUCUCUCUAAAUUAUAGCAACACGUGCGAUUUGAAUAUCUGCCUGUAUGCAGCUCAGACCUUUUCGAACAUGCUGAAUAAUGCUACUUGUUUGCAUAAUGCGCAAGAGGUGCUGAGCAAAUACCCCCUCGUCCAAAUCAUCGACACGCUGUGUAUAACGCUCAAGUCCCUUGAUUAUUCGGAUCCCAAGAAUAAGAGGAUAAUCCAAGAGGUGAUGAACAUCUUCCGACUCUUCUGUGGGUUCAAAGUCAGCGCCAAUUGUCUGCCCAACAAAAUUCUUGAAAGUGCUCAAAUCUGUUUGCAGAAUUCGCUACUAUCAGUCUUCAAGAAUAACCGAAACGAUAUCGGCGUGUUGUUACAGGCCGUCAACGCGAACAAUCAGCAGCAGUUCAGACAAAUUUUGUCAAAUUUUGUUGCGUAA